CUGUACGUUGGUCUGCUAGUGAAUAAAUACUAAUUACUUAUUCAUCUCAUAGUAAACAAUUAUUUCAUAAAAAUGCCAAAAUACUAUUGUGAUUAUUGUGAUACCUACUUAACCCACGAUUCACCUAGUGUUCGUAAAACACACUGUACAGGUAGGAAACACAAGGAUAACGUUAAAUUUUAUUAUCAAAAAUGGAUGGAAGAACAAGCUCAACAUUUAAUUGAUGCAACCACUGCCGCAUUCAAGGCAGGAAAAAUUGCCAACAAUCCAUUUGCAGCUCCAGGUAAAGGUGUAGCGAUUCCUCCUCCUGCUCAGUUAAUAGGACAAAGACCAGGAGGUCCUGGUGGUCCAAAUAUGAUGCCCCCAGGUGCCAUGGGACCUGGUGGCCCAAUGCCCCCUAUGAUGAUGGGGCCGCAUGGACCAAUGCCUCCAAUGAUGGGUAUGAGGCCUGGUCCUCCUAUGAUGGGAGUGAUGCCGAUGGGACCUAUGGGUCCAAUGGGACCAGUUCGACCACCUGUGCAGAUGAAAUGAAUUUUAGGCACUUGAAAAAAUUUUGUAUAUAAUUUCAUUUUUUGAUCCAAUUUGAAAUCAUUCAAAACUUGUGCAAAGAUAGAUUACAACCUUCUGGGUAGAAUGAAUUCUGCAAAUAAAUUUUUUUAUUAUAAUUACUAAUAUGUAUUUAUGUAUGUUUCAAUAGAACUUUGAAAUAAA